AUGUCGCCGCCAGCUUCAGAAGGCGGCGAGAAGCCUGUGACUGGCAAAGAUGCCCCUGUCAGCCAGGACACCAAGGGGAAGAGUCAGGACCAAACCGAUAUUGACUAUCCCACGGGGUUUAAACUCGCGUUACUAAUGAUAUCCAUCUUCAUCGGCAUGUUCCUUGUCUCCCUGGAUCGCCUCAUCAUCUCGACUGCCAUCCCCCAAAUCACGAACGAGUUCAAAUCCGCUGGCGAUAUAGGCUGGUAUGGCACUGCUUACUUGCUCACAAAUUGUGCUUUCCAGCUCCUUUUCGGCAAGGUUUACACAUUCUUCAAUGUCAAAGCUACCUUCUUGACAUCCAUCGUCCUAUUUGAAGUCGGCUCAGCUCUGUGUGGGGCUGCUCCCAGCUCGGUAGCUUUUAUACUCGGUAGAGCAAUUGCUGGUCUGGGGGCUGGAGGAAUCCUCUCUGGCGUCAUUGUCGUCAUCGUCUACGCUAUUCCCCUACACAAACGACCCAAAUAUCAAGGUUUUUUCGGUGCUGUGUUUGCAGUCGCAUCGGUCGCCGGUCCCCUCAUUGGCGGUGCCUUUACUACAGAUGUCACCUGGAGGUGGUGUUUUUAUAUCAACCUUCCAUUGGGAGGCGUGGUCAUGGUUUUUAUCUUCUUUCUGCUCCACGUUCCCGAUCGUCCAACUGCGAAUAUUCCUCUGAAAGAUAAGCUGCGGCAGCUUAAUGUGAUGGGCCUGAUUGCACUAGUUCCAGGGGUUAUCAGUCUGUGUUUGGCCUUGCAGUGGGGCGGUACAACCUAUGCUUGGAGCGAGGGACGAAUUAUUGCCUUGCUGGUAGUCGCUUUUGUCCUUUUGAUCGCUUUUGCCUUGAUCCAAGUGUGGAAGCCAGAGCAGGCUACACUGCCACCACGCGUCUUUCUCCAACGUAGCAUUGCCUCUGGCUUCUGGGUCAGCCUUUGCAUUGGUGCUCAUAUGAAUCUACUUGUCUACUACCUUCCAAUUUACUUCCAAGCUAUUGACGGUGCUUCUGCCGUCAACAGUGGUAUUCGCCUUCUUCCCAUGGUCAUACCAAUCGUGAUAGCCUCUAUCCUUACCGGUCAACUGGUUUCCCGCAUUGGCUACUACACGCCCUUUAUGCUCUUUGGUAUUUGUCUCACGGCAAUCGGCGCUGGCAUGCUCACCACUCUCGAAGUCAAUACAACUACUGGGCAGUGGAUUGGCUACCAAAUCCUUUACGGAUUCGGUCUUGGCUGCUCCAACCAGGCGCCUAACAUGGCCGCUCAGACUGUACUCCCACGAGACCAAGUGGCCAUUGGUGCCUCACUCAUGUUCUUUGGGCAGACGCUCUUUGGUGCUGUAUUCACGUCGGUCGGUCAAAACGUGCUUGACAGCCAGCUGACCAAGCGCCUUGCCGAUAUCCCAGGAAUUACUGCGAAGCUCAUCCAGAGUACAGGCGCUACUGAUAUCCUCAACUUCGUGCCUGCCGAUCAUCAUGCCGAUGCUCUGGUCGACUAUAAUGAGUCACUUCGCGUGUGCUUCCAGGUAGGCCUUAUACUAGCCUGUCUAGCAACUAUAGGCGCCGCCUUUAUGGAGUGGCGCACUGUCAAGAAGCACCUCAAGAAACCCGAUGCCGAGCAAGGAAAAGGCCAGGCUGAGUCAACCGAGAAGGAGCAAGCUAUCGAAACCGACGUGGAGAAAGAAAAUGAUGCGACCGAAAAGGGGACCGAAUUGAAACAGGAAACUGCAUCAGCAGUCAGCACCGAGGCGACACGUACUGCUUCCCACGAGGUUAACACUGAGGUUACUACGGAAACAAAGGAGUCAUACCGAGAAUUCACUUCAAAGUCAGAAACGACAUAA